AUGUUAUCCGCUCUCUACUCGUACACAGAGGCCUGGCCAGCUGAUGUUCACCAAUCAACCGAUUCCGAAUCGGAUGGGAGCUUCGACAAUACGCCUGCUCCAAGCAAUCGUCCAUCAAUCUCGAUUGACCGCUCUAUUCUUGAGAUUGGGCCAUAUUAUUACCUCCCCCAUAAUGCGAACAACACGGGUCCCCACCAUGGCCGUCGACUGAGCGCACUUGCCAGAAUCUCCCGGGGGCAUGGUGAUGCGGAAAAAGAGCCGCUAAUUUUGCUCCGAGACAUUACUGACCAAGACACUAUUUCGCUGCGAGGACGUGCAACUGGAUAUGAAUCGAAAAUCAUCGCUGAUGGCGCUGGUUCUGGGAAGGAGAACCCGUAUCGCUCAGGCGGUACACAGUCUAAGUCCGGUCGGAAACGGCUGCAAAUUGCUACAUUCGCCAGAGACAAGUUUCGGCCGAUAUCGGACACCAACACGUCGCACUUGCAACAAUUUCCCACCAACAAUGUCUUUGAAGUUCCUCUCUACGAACCGGCGUACGAACCGCCGGAUCUCAGAGACCCUCUCCAAGUGCUGGACGAGAAAUCUUGCAGUGUUGCGUCAUUUAGCACAGUUGGGUCACAUGCAGGCCAUCAUCACUUGCAGAUGUCACCUGGUAAACCCGACCUCGCUUCGCAGCCCGCAAAAGAUGGUGGUUACAGUCUUUCUGCCUGCGUGGCAUUUCCUAUUGACAACGGAGGAGGUUCUGACAACCUGAUCGCACCCAUUCCGACUCACCAUGCACGGCCAAAGCUCUCUUUGGUAGAUAUGGCCCACAGUCACUCAGACAAUGUGACUGGAUCCACGCCAGAAGCCUCUCUGUCAUCGAAAAAUGUCCUCAAGCGCAGCUAUUCAGUUGGUUCGCUCCUCGACUACGCUAGAGCGUCUAAAUGGUUACGCGAUAUGUUGUGGUAUCCUGAAUCCUAUACAACGAAACUCACCAGGCGCCCAAAGAGAUCCGGCCUUCGAUCCAACUCUGUUAAUGCUCUGGAGAAUCCAUCGUUGGCAGAGAUUCAACUAGCACGAAGGGUAACCGGGCUCUCCAAGUAUUCUACGCGGUCAGACUCGCGCUUCGAUGGCUUUUUGUUUCGCCGUGCCGUGAGUGACUUGGAGAGACUAGUGAAUGAAGCGGUGUCUACGGCCUCCCAGGCCGUUGAUCUUCCUCAGCAUCAAGCUCACAAUUCCACUAGCUCGAUUGAGAGCAGCGAUGAGCCAGCAGGCUCCGACUCGGACGUAUCCUCCACCAGCCUUAGUGUCUUGUCGGAGGAUGCAGACAACUACUGCUCGCCGAGGCCCCCUUGCAAACAUGCCAAUACAUUUUCUGCCACCGACGACAGACCUCGUCUUCGUGAGGUGGUGGAAAAUUACUCGGAUGAUGGAGUAAUGUCGAAAUCGGACGAGUACUCUCAAGCACAGCGGCACGUUAAAUUUCAACUUCCAGAAACUGCAAUGGGAGAAGAUGGCAAUCAAUCUUUCUCAGUGCACUCCCGAAUGCGUGGACCAAUGCGCACUGGGGGUCCACGAGGAGGUCAAAAAGUUUACUCGAACCCCUACCAAGCAACGACAGACAGAGUACCACAAGGUGGUUUCCAAGCGGGCGACGAACAGCUUCCAGAGCGCGAUCUUGCAGGGCGGCAACUGCCUGCUGACCACGGUAUUAGCUUACGGCGGCGCUCACAUGUCAGUCUACGGGCAGGACAACGAUUUAAUUUAGCACGAUCGCAUCGUCGCCAGCCCAUCGCGAGAGAUUGGUCAACAACUCGCAAACGCUUUGUCGCUUCCGUCGCUUGUAUCAGCACUGCGUUGAUUGGUAUUAUUCUUGGGAUUUAUGCUGGCUUGGUGCCAUCUAUUCAAUACUUCGUCAUUGACCCCUCACAUGUGGUUGUUCAUGGAAAUACCGGCUGCUUCCUGGGUAUGGCCAUUCCAACUUUUCUGUUUUGGCCGCUGCCACUGCUUCAUGGUAGAAAGCCCUACAUUUUGACUGGUCUCGUUCUUGCCAUGCCACUUUUGUUCCCACAAGCGCUGGCAGUAACGUCUCAGAGACUGGUGGAUUCGGUCGAGUGGAGGGCACUUCUCCUCGCUUCGAGGACGCUCAUGGGUGUGUCACUUGGAUUCGCCAGCAUGAACUUCCAUUCUAUCCUCACUGAUCUAUUUGGUGCGUCUCUGAUGAGCGUGAAUCCUCAUCAAGAGGUUGUUGAUCACUACGACGCACGCCGGCACGGAGGCGGCAUGGGUGCUUGGCUCGGUAUCUGGACAUGGUGCUGGAUUGGCUCCCUUGGUGUGGGCUUCCUUGUCGGUGCGGCCAUCAUUGACCAGCAUACGCCAACUUGGGGUUUCUACGUCAGCAUCAUCCUCAUCGCGGUGGUUCUAUUUCUCAACGUCGUCUGUCCUGAAGUCCGUCGUUCGGCUUACAGGCGCUCUGUUGCGGAAGUCAGAACGGGUCCUGAGAUUUCUCGCCGUGUCGCGCGCGGCGAAAUCAUGAUGCACAGGGCCAAGACUGGGCCCAGGUGGUGGGGAGAGGAGGUUUACCAUGGCAUUGUUCUAUCGAUGGAGAUGCUUCGACAGCCAGGUUUCUUGGUCAUGGCUAUUUAUUCCUCCUGGAUCUACUGUCAGGUUGUCCUAAUUAUUGUGCUUCUUGGAUCCUUGGCCUCGAAAUUUUACAGAUUUCGAUCUCCUGCAGUCGGUCUACUAGUUGCCAGCAUGUCACUAGGUGCAUUCUUGGCCAUUCCGUUCCAAAAGGCAAAUUUGUUCUCUCGGUCUCGCUUCGCACAACUCAACACCAACAAAGCGACGCUGGAUAAGCGCGUAGUUUGGUCAUCUCACUUGGUGCGCCGAACGGCUUUCACGCUACUCCUCCCAUUGGCCGGCGUUUGCUACGCGGCUGUCUCUACUGGCCCUCCUAUGCAUGUCAGCCUACCGACAAUCUUUUCACUGUGUGUUGGUUUUCUCUCUUGUCUGGCCAUUUCUGAAUGCAAUGGACUCAUCAUGGAGACCUUUGACUGUUCCGAUCUUAGCCCCGGAAUGACGGGCCGACAACGUGGCUCUUCGGCGAGGAAUCCAAAGCGAACGAAUUACUCGUCCUUUCCUCGAGUGACUGCCGGGUUUGCGCUCAUUCACACCUUUGCCUUUACCUUGGCUGCAGGCUCUACCGCCUUGGGUGGGCAUGUCACGAGAAUUCUCGGGCAGCAAGUCGCCACCGGCGUUGUUGCAGGCAUUUUGUUUGUGCUGACAGUACUGUUGCUUCUCGUUCUUGUUCGAUUUGUGGAAAUUCAAAUUAUACCACGAUCCAAGUUUGACGAGAUGGAUCGAGUAGUGGAAGCAAGACGAAAGUCAACCAUCCGGCGAGCAUCAAUGCCAAAUGACCCGCAAGCCUUGAUGGAAGAAGAGCAGGCAUGGCGCCCUAUCAUGAUUGGCAAUCCCAUUGGAAAAACACGCCGCAUGAGCAUUCUUGAGCUCGGUAGCAUGACUCGCUGGCAAGAAAUUCGCAAGAAAAAUCGUCUUAUUGAUGCUGGCGCGCAUUUGAAUCGUGGUGCUUUGGGCCACGGGCUAGAGGCGCUGGAUGAUCAGAUGAGUGACUUGAGGCGAAACUUGCAUAUUGGCAGCGGCAAGAAAAAGGGGCGGCGGACGCAUCUCUCGGAUGAAAGCAGUGAGACUGGAAACGAUCCAGACUUUGACGGGUACAGCAUGAGUAACCUCAGUACUCCAGGCAGAACUCGGCACGGCGGUGAGCGGGACGAUCCGAUGGAGACGGCCAUGAUAGACGAAGAAUUAGGUCGCGCUCACCAGAAGUAA